AUGCGGAUAAUAAACCCCCAAGACGCAACUCUAACAAACAUCGAAGUCCUCUCCUACCUCUCAUCCAACCCCCCACGGCGUCCCCCAAAUGCGCCCCCAGGCGUGAACCAGAAACAUUGGAUCCCGAGCCCGGAUCUCCGGGAUCAUAAUACUGUUGUUAAGGAGAUACACAACUACGCCUCACGUCUCUCCCCCCAUCUCCUCCGAUACCCGCAGUACGCAUCUUCAGACCUGAAAACGGGUACUGGGGAAACGCCAUUAGACACUGCACUGCGGGAACUUAUUACCCGGUUACGGCCCUAUGGACUGACGAAGGGCGAGGUGCUUAUGAUUGUUAAUUUGGGUGUGGGUGUUCCGCCUGGUGCGCCUGGUGCUGGUGGUGGUGAGGAAGAGGAGGCUCGCGAGGGAGAAGGAGAGGGGGAGGGGGAAGGGGAUAGGAUGGACGUUGAUGGUCAGAAUGGAGAUGGGGAAGGGGGCGACGCUGCAGCCAUGACUGAGAAUGGGGUUGAGGAGGUGGAACAGGUGGCUAACGGCGAUGGUGAGGCUGAAGGCGAGGCUGGGGAGGAGGGAGAAGAGGAUGAGGAAGGUGAGACGGGUGACUAUGGCGCUCUGGCGCUGAUUGAUACGGUGAUUGAGGAACGGGAGCAGCGGCUGAGUGAUGAGAACGUAUUAGAGAUCCUGGCGGUUAUCCGGGAGACGCUGGGUGCUGCGACGACAUAA